AUGACAGCUAAGGACAAAAAAUCAUUGUUAGCGAUGGAGCCCAAUGACAAGAUUCGCUUUGUGGGUGAUUUGAACAGCGAAAUUAGGACUUACCUGAAGAUCACCAAUAAGAGCGAUAUGAAGCAAGCGUUUAAGAUAAAGUGUACACGGAACGAUCUGUUCAAAAUUCGACCAGCUACUGGAAUUUUGGAUUACGAUCAAACGUCGAAUAUCACCAUUACGUACAAUUCCUGUGCACCAAAAAAUGCCGAAGAGCACCAAGCGCAUGUUUCAAUUAACAGGCCGAAUGGGGAGAUACCAGAAAACGACAAGCAUCACUUUGGGGUUUAUCACAUUCCGGCACCGGAAGGAUGCACAUGUGAAGGGGCAUGGAGCGAACACUAUGGGCCACCACAAGGAGAAUUUAGACUUAAAGUAAGGUUGAAAAAGAAGAUUUUACCAAGUAAGAACUUUCACAGACUAUUAAAAUUGCCAAAGGUUCAGGUUGAAUUUGAAGAACAGAAAUAG